GUGGCUUGAGGACGUAGCACAGACACAGCUUCAGCUACUUCAGGCUACUGACGCUUUGCACCAUAGUAGGUUGUUUACCCGCUUUUGUUGUAUUUUAACAAAAAAUAAUAAUGGACGGAAACAUUUGCAACAUCCAGGUGCUUCUUCGGGCUGCUGAGUUUCUCGAAAGAAGAGAGCGGGAGGCAGAACAUGGAUACGCCUCAGUCCUGCCUCUCAGUCCAGAUUACUCCGAUAAGAGAAGCAAACAGAAGAGCAAAAAGAUAUCUGCUGGUGGCAAUAGGUCAGUUCACAACGAGCUGGAGAAAAACAGAAGGGCUCAGUUGAGGUUCUGCCUGGAGCAGCUCAAGAAGCAAGUCCCUCUGUCGUCUGACUCGAUGAGGAACACCACCCUCAAUCUACUGAGACGAGCCCAGCUUCACAUCAAGAAGCUGCAGGAGCAGGAUGAGUGUGCAGAGCAGCUGAAGGGCCGCCUUCGCUGGGAGCAGAGAGAGCUGCAGGUUCGAUUGGAGCAGCUGCAGAGAGGCACCGAGAGGAUGAGAAACAACAGCCAGGGGUCGACCAUGUCUUCUGAGAGGUCCGACUCUGAUAGAGAGGAUGUGGAGGUUGAUGUGGAGAGCAUCGUGUUUGACUGCAUGGACUCUGACGGACUGAGCAUGACACACACUGAUUCAGACCACUGUUACUCCAGCAUGGAUAAAGCCUGGCUAUGACGGCAGUGAAACGGUAACUCGCAUUAGGUCACCCAAGGAACAGGAAGAGGAGAAAACAUUCCAAAAACAAGCAGACAGAGGAGGAGGAUGUAGAAAAAGGUUACCAUACAACUGAACAUUUUGUAUUUUUACAGGAGUAACUUUGGUGUCUUUUCUUCAGUUUAUGUCAGACUACAAGCUAAAUGAUACUAUUAUGAAUGAGCUGAGUCCAUUUGCACUGAUAAGCAGUAAAAAUCACUGGGCUGGGAUGGAUGUAACUUUAUGCAUUUAUAUUUUCUGGCAAGCAUUAGCAUUUCUUUAAAGGCCAUGAGACGUCUGUAACUUUGAAUGAUUGAAACUGUCUGCUCCUUAAUCUUAAGGAGCUUUAAAAAAAAAAAAAAUCCAAAUAAGUGCUUUUUAUUCAAUAUUCUUAACUUAUUCUUGACUUCAUUAUAUCUAUACUGAAUUCUGCCUUAAAUCAGAUCUCUUUUUAUUCAAUACAGCAUUUCUUUAGCACACGGUUCAUCUUUCAGUCAUGUCAUGUGUAGCAUGCACUUGAACAUAAAUCGGUUCUAUUUUUUUGUAUUGUACUUUUAUUUAAGGUCAGCCAUUUGUUUUGAUCUUUAUCUUCUGUUGCACAAAACGUCCUCACAUUGCACUUGUUUUUUUAUUCUGAAGGAUUGUGGAUGAAUAUCAAAAUGAAACCGUGAACAGAAAUGAACUGGUCAUAUUUGCACAUUUUUAACUGGCAACUAAAUAACCGUACCGAGUGUUCAUUAGGUGCAUUUGUACACACUUCAGUCUGUAAGUGCAAGGAUUCCGAUGCCUAGUAUUAAAGAUAUUUUAGUACAUCGCAGCUGUUCACAUCAUUGCUCCAGCACUGUCAGCAUCAAUGUCAAUUAUGCAUGCAGCAAACGUCAGGCAGGUAAUGUAUACUUAAUAACCGAGCAAAGUCAGCUGUUUUACAAGUGUGUAUCAUAUUUACUGAAAUCUAUUUAAUAACAGGAGGUGCUUCUUUCUUCACUUUGUAUAUGCAAGAUGCCCUAUUAUCUUUUAUUCUUAUGUAUGCAUUCAUCUGUCUCUCCGCCCAGUAAUAUUAUGUAGCAUUUUUGUACUGGUGUAAGCUUUUUUUAUUGAAUAAAUAUUUUCUAUAUUUA